UGGGCCAGAAAAAAAAUAGCCCAAUAAACAGACCGUCCAUAUCCAAUUCCCCGACGCCCACUGCUCCCUCGCACCUGCUCGACCCCGAUAGCCGCCUCCGCGCCUCGCCUCGCCGCCGUUCGCGCUCGGCGCCCCAGCCGCCGCCCAGCCGCCGAGGAAGCUCCCAGCUCCCGCCUGUUCUCCAGCCCGGCCCUCGAUCCAGGCGCAUCUCCCUGUGCGCGCGCGGCGAGCCCUGUCCCAGCGCGCGGCUGCGCCUUGGCCGGUUGGCCCUGCCGGCUGCCUGCGCCCCUACUGCAGCUCGUCGGGCGGAUGCCUGGCGGCCCUGCCCUCGCCCCCCUCCAAAUCCGGCUGUAGUGAGAAUCAAGAGGGCAGCAGACAUUGUUUCUCUUUUUCAAAGAGAAGCUAUGAAGAUAGGGAAGAAGAAGAAGGCAGAGAAUAUCUCGGAUGUAGCUGAAGAGCAGACCCGCGAAGUUGUGUGUAUGCCAGUUCUGAUCGAAGAGCAAAUUGAAGAACCAACAUUGUCUAUGUCAAAUGUGACCAUAGAGCAAACUGAGGAUGUGUCACCGCCAUCACCACCGGUUUAUGAUUUUAGUCGUCUUAAAGAUAAUCUCGGGGACAGGCUACCCAUUGCAAGUUAUCCUAUCAAUGAUCAAGAUGCAGUUCGAAGAGCAUAUAUCCUUAAAAAGCCAUUCAAACCUUAUGCACAUGAUUUUAAAAAAAGAACAAUUGGGAGUAGAGAACGUUCAUUCAAUCCUUUGUGGCUUCAUAAUCAUAGUUGGCUUGAAUAUAGUAUCAAGAAGGAAUCUGCAUUUUGCAUUGUAUGUUACUUGUUCAAAGAGAAAAAAACUAGUGGUAAGGGAACUAAUGCAUUUACUGAUGGUGGUUGGAGUAAUUGGAAUAGAGAGGAUGCUCUUCUUAAGCAUGUUGGUUGCGUAUCAAGUGUGCAUAAUGCAGCUCAAGAGAGAUAUAACUUAUUUGUGAAUCCUCGUGCAGCAAUUGAUGAUCUUUUUGUGAAGGUGAACAGUGAGGAUCUACGUCUUUACAAGAUGAGGUUGAAGUAUUCACUUAGAUGCUUGCAGUUUCUUCUUCAUCAAGGAUUGGCAUUUCGUGGGCAUGAUGAAAAGUGAACAGUCUAGCAAUAGAGGAAACGUCCUUGAGCUAUUGAAGUGGCUUGCAGCAAAUAGUGAGGAGGUGAAUAAGUAUGUUUUGAAGAAUGCACCAGGUAACUGUCAAUUGACAUCUCAUCAGAUACAACAUCAGAUUAUUCAAUGUUGUGCACAACUUACUAGAAAGAAAAUUAUUGAUGAACUUGGUGAUGAGCACUAUGCUAUUCUAGCCGAUGAGUCUAGUGAUGUAUCACAUAAAGAACAACUAGCUUUAUGCUUGCGUUUUGUUGAUAAAGUAAGGAGACCGUUUGAGCACUUUCUUGGAGUUGUUCAUGUAAGUGACACUACUUCAUUGUCACUUAAGGAAGCAAUUGGAACUUUACUUAUUGAUCAUGGUUUGACUAUAACACAAAAUCGUGGGCAAGGAUAUGAUGGGGCUAGUAAUAUGAGAGGAGAAAUUAAGGGAUUGAAAACAUUGAUCAUGAAAGAGUAACCUUCUGCCUAUUAUACUCAUUGUUCUGCACAUCAACUCCAGCUAGUUCUUGUUGCUGUUGCCAAGGGAAAUGAUGAUUGUGUGUGGUUUUUUGAUCGAGUGUCUUUAUUACUGAAUGUUAUUGGAGUGUCUUGUAAGCGUCAUGAUAUGCUUCGAGAUGCUAGACUUCAGAAUAUCCUAAAACUACUUGAAUGUGCUGAGUUACAAACUGGGAGUGGUUUGAAUCAAGAGAUGGGGUUACCUAGGCCUGGUGAUACUCGGUGGGGCUCUCAUUACAAAACUAUUCUUAACAUUAUUGCUAUGUAUCCCACAAUCCGUGAUGUGCUCAUAACUCUUGGACAAGAUGCUUCACAAAGAAGUGAUUGGCCCAAAAUUCAUACUAUUGUUGGAGUGUUCGAGUCAUUUGACUUUAUUUUCAAUGCACACUUGAUGUUUGCCAUUCUUGGAUACACAAGUGAUUUGUCUGAUUGUUUGCAAAGAAGAGACCAAAAUAUUCUUACUGCAAUGGCACUUGUUAGACAUGCAAAAGGUAGAAUACAAGAGCUUAGGGAUAAUGGGUGGGAUGCAUUUCUGCAAAAGGUCACACUAUUUUGUAACAAGCAUGGCAUUCAAGUUCCUAUAAUGGAAGAUAAUUAUGUGCCUUAUGGAAGAUCAACACGGUUUGCUCGACCCCAAACAAAUGAUGAUCACUUUAGAAGAGAAGUUUUUCUUGGAGUCAUUGAUCAAAUUAGUCAAGAGAUUGAAAAUCGGUAUGAUGAGAUCAAUAUGGAGCUGCUAUCUUGUAUGUCUGCUUUGAAUCCCGCCAACUCAUUUGCUGCUUUUGAUGCACAA